AUGAACUCAGAAGAAGAGAAUAAAGAAGAGAAAGACAUUGAAGAUGAAGGAAUCCAUGAAAUAAGGACAAUUUCAUAUAUUUUAUCAAACGGAAAUCGCUAUGAAGGCGGAUUUGUGCAUGGGAGCAAGAAUGGAAAAGGGAAAUAUUAUUGGAGUAACGGCGAUUUCUAUGAAGGAGAUUACGAAAAUGGACUUAAGCAUGGUUUUGGCAUUUUUUCAUAUGCGGACGGGUCCAGGUAUGAAGGAGAAUAUUUUAAAGACGAUAAGUGCGGGCAGGGCAAAUUUUAUUAUAAGAACGGAGAUUCUUAUGAAGGAGAAUUCAAAAAUAACUUAAGGGAUGGAUAUGGGGUUUAUAAAAUGGUGUCAGGGAGCAUAUAUGAGGGAUACUAUAAAGACGGAAUUGCUGAAGGGCAAGGAAAAUAUAUAUUCUCAGAUGGUACAGUUUUUGAAGGGGUUUAUGUAAAAAAUGAAAGAGAAGGAAAAGGAAUUCUAACGAAGCCAAAUGGUGAAAAGUAUCAAGGGACUUGGAAAAAUGGGAAAAGAAUCAGCAAGCUCGUUGCUUUGCCGAAAUAG